UUCACGCUGGUGCGCAAACCAUCAUCAACAGUUCAGUUCAAAUCGCCUGACGUUUCUCUGUUUAUUUUGUUUUUGUGCUCGAUUUCGGCGAGGAUGGAUCUGGAAAGUUUGCUGCGCAAGAAAUUGGAGAAAACGAAAAAAAUACCUGAUGAUGAGUUGCUGGAGAUGGAGGAUGAUCUGUACAAGCUGCAUUUGAAGGAGUAUGGUGUGGAUUUGAGCGAGGAGACGAAGCCGAGCAUUCCGAGAUUCUUCUACAGAUUGCCUAGGGAUAAUGAACCUUUGCGGCAGAAGCUCAGGGAGGAGACAAGAUCAAGUUUCUUGGAUAGGAAGAGCCGCCAGCUGUUGGAUAAUGCUGAACUUAAAGCUCUUUGGGCUUUGCUGGAUGAGCAUCAGACUUCACCGGAUGACCACAUGAUCACUUACGCUAAUUUCAAGAAAGUUGUUGAAUUGGCUGAUCCAAAGGUGAAGCUGUAUUUGACUGCCAACGUUUUCGCUAAGCUUCACGAGAACGAUCCGCAAGGUCGCGUCUCCACCAUAUCCUUAUUCAAUUACAUAAUGAGGAAGGUCUGGUUGAAGCAGACGCGGGUCGGGCUUUCGCUGUACGACACGACGGGUCUCGGGUAUUUGCGCGAAGCCGAAUUGGAGAAUUACAUUUCGGAGCUGUUACCUGUUCUACCGCAACUCGAGGGUUUGGAGAAGUCUUUUCACAGCUUCUACGUGUGCACUGUGGUCAGGAAAUUCAUGUUCUUCCUGGAUAAACUGAGAGCGGGUCGUGUUCGCAUCCUCGACGUUUUGGCCUGCUCCUUUUUGGAUGAUCUCUUAGAGCUGCGGCAAAAUGAAGUUGGAAUUGAGAGAUCAGAAUCGAAUUGGUUCAGUGCUCCCUCAGCGUUGAGCGUGUACGGAAAUUACUUAAACUUGGACAAGGAUCAUAACGGAAUGCUCAGUCUUGAGGAGUUGUCCAGGUACGGAACGGGGACGUUGACGCAGCCCUUCCUGGAACGCGUCUUCCAAACUUGCUUGACCUACAAAGGGGAAAUGGAUUAUAAGACUUACUUGGAUUUGGUGUUGGCUUUGGAGAAUCGCAGCGAGCCACAAGCUCUGGCAUUCCUCUUCAAAAUACUCGAUUUGAACGAUUCCGGGUAUUUGGACGCCUUCACCAUCAACUACUUCUUCCGCGCCAUCCAGGAGCAGCUCAGGGACGCGGAUCUGGUCAUCUUCGAGGACUUCAAGGACGAACUCUUCGAUAUGGUCAAACCGAAAAAUCCGGAUCGCAUCACUCUCAGCGAUCUGUACGCCUGCGGCAAGGGCGAAACAUUCGUCAGUAUUCUAAUCGAGUUCCAAGCGUUUUUGAACUACGAGUACAGAGACACCUCUUCAAAUCCAACACAAGAAUGAUAAGUUCAUAAGUUGGGCAUUGUUUUAACUU